CUCCCGUCUUUUUGUCUCCCGUUUGUUGACCUUCUCUCUUGAUAUUUCAGUUCGACACCAGGACUUACACCUCAAGAGUGGAAUUAGCAAAAAAGACUGUGUUCAUUCUUGAUAUUCUUCCCAUUUGGACCUACAUCUUCCCAAGUAUCAGCGCUUUACAUCACUGAUCCAGACAAGUACCGGACUUACACUGUGAAACCUCGAGCUAUCAUCGGCGCCCUUUGUUCGGCAGCCACCACCACCAGCGUCACCCACCAUGAAGCCCAUCGCCUUGAGCGCACUCUUCACCGCCGCGGCCGCCGUCGCCGUGCCGGGUGAACAUGAGUCCAAGCCAUCGCAGCCAUCCAGGCCGCGGAUUCCAACCUCGUACGAGUCUGCCGUCAUGGCGCGGCGCAUCCUCGCGCUCACCCCCCUCGGCACUCUGGCCACCAUCUUCCCGGCCUCCAACUCCUCUUCCAUCAUGACCGAAGAAGAAAAGAGAAACCCAAAGCUGCAGGAGAACCGACCCGCCGAGGUGGCCGGCAUGCCCCAUGGUUUGAUGGAGUACAUUUCAGACUGCGAGUACGCAACCAACGAUGUCGGCAACCCGACGCUACUAGCCAUCAGCAUCGAGACCUCGUUCAAGAACAUUGCCGCCGGCAGCAAUGUUUCGUUGGCAGUGCAGUGGACCCCUCCUCCCCCUCCUCCUCCUCAUCAUCGUUGGCCUCCCCAUGGCCCUCCUCCACAUGGGCCCAAGAAGCCUCCUCACCAUGGUGAUGAUGACGACGACGAGGACCGCGACCACAAAAAACAUAAAGAUCAAAAGGACCACAAAGACAAAAAGCACAAGGACCACAAAAAGAAGCGCCCUCACCACCCUCCCCCUCCCCCUCCUCCUCCCCGCCGCCCUUUCUCCCCCGCUGCCCUCCCACGCUUCUCCCUCCUAGGCUACGUUGAAAAGAUCGAAGGCGGCGACGACCGCAGCCAAGAAGGUUCCAUCGGCGCGCAACUCGCCUCGUGCUUCACCAAGGUCCACCCGGACGCCAAGUGGUGGCUCCCGGGCAACCGGAUCCACGAGUCGCACUUUGUUCGGCUGGUGGUGACGCACGUGUACUGGAUUGGCGGGUUCGGCGAUCGCGCUUAUAUCGGCUGGAUCCCUGUUGAUGAGUGGAAGAAGGUGACAAAAGAGGAGUGGGAAGGGAUUAGGUUGCCGGGGGAGUGGGAGGGGCACCACGGUGGACCUCAUCACCCUCCUCCGAAGCAUGAGAAGCCUGAGGAUGGUGAUGAUGAGGGAAGUGACAGUGAUGGCGAGGAUGAGGGCGAGAAACAGCAGCAGCAGCAGGCUGAGAAGGAAAAGGGGUGGGUGGUUGUUCAGGGUGGGAAGAAUGAAGGUUAUGGCGUGGAGGAGGAUCUCUAAGAUGGGCUGACGCAACUAAACAAUUUGGUGAACUGAAAGUACGUUUUGCUAUUAUAUUUAGUACCAUGCUGGGAUGCAUGGUAGACGGGCGUGCGUUUUCUUGGAUAUCACUUAUUUGCUCUAUAUCAUGCUUCUAUCCACGCCAGACGUUCUGCGUGUACUACCAGCCUGUGCAUACCUACCCAACAGCUGGAAUAUUCAAUUUCGAGUUACAAUCUAAUGCCGGUUUGUUUGUUUGUUAACUUGGUACUUCUGGUCUACUGGACAUGAUCCGUCCCGAGUUCUCCUAAGCCUCACAGACAUAAAGUAAAUGGCCAGGUAUGGUCCAGAAAGCUAUAAACAAAAUUCAAUAGAC